AAAAAAUUAUAUAUUAUUUGGUAUGCAUUUAUUGAUUUUUUAUUUAUUAAAUAUAAUAGGACGUCGAACCAAAAAACGCAACAAAUUGAAAAAACCUUUACCACCUUUACCACCUAAUCUACUAGGCGAUCCUCACAUAUAUUAUUGCCCUGAAAAAAUCUGAUCCGUGUUUUAUCUUUCCAUGUUUUUCCGUGAAUGUAUCAUUUUCAUGGAAUUUAUAGCCUUAAAUCAUGGAAAUUUUCAUCUCACUAACACGGAUAUCCGUGAAUGUAUCAUUUUCACGGAAUUUUUAUGGAAGACAUGGAGAAAUAAUGGAAAUAUUCGGAAAAAAAUUUUUUAUAGGGUUGUAAUACCUACAAUAUUGACCUUUUUGACAACAAAGUUAGACGACGUUUUAACGUCAGUUCACGCCUACAGUACAAUUACGGCUAUAAUAAAGCCGUUGAACGCUACAAACAAUUUCAGCAAUGACGCUCAAGCCUUAGCUACAUCGAAGACAUCAGUCAUAAAGCAAACAACUCAGGAUUUUUCCAAAUAUCAAAUCAAGAUCAAAAUAUUAUUAAUAACCCUUCAAUUCUUUCAGACGUACAGUAUAACACCCUUUCGUGAUGGGGACGAAUUUUCCAUCGCGUCAAAACAUCCUCAAGCUUUGACAUCAUCAAAUACAAAAGUUACACCUCCCAGCUACACCGGCACAUGAUUAAAUAGAACAUCCCAAAAUAUAAAAACAAUUAUGGACCUAUAACAACUACAUCAUUCUAUACUUGACAGUAUUUACGUAUAGUAACUAGUUAAAAGAAAAAUACGGAUGAAUUGGCUUGAAUUCUUUUUUUGUUUUUUCUUGUUCGCCUGGGUUUCAUUGUUUACUAUUGUUGUUCUUUAUUGGUCAUGGUAGAGAACAGGAGGUUUCUCAUUACAAGUGAGAAUCUAAGUAGUUUUUACUAGAUGAUAACCGUCCUGCUGUAGCACUAUACUUUCUUUGAUUGUAUUAUAGUUUUACUUAGACUGCUGCCU